AAACACUUUGAUUCAUUUCAAUACUGUGUUGCGAAGAAGGUGUAAAGCCAACAAAACUAUGGGCACAAAUUUAAGCGAGCAACAAGUUUCUGCGAUGAAGGAAGCUUUUACAUUGUUUGACACACACCGCAACGGUCGGAUUGCACCAUCAGAGCUUGGGAUCUUGAUGCGAUCUUUGGGUGGUAACCCAACCCAAACCCAACUAAAGGCCAUCAUGGCUGAAGAGAAUCUCACAGAACCUUUCGAUUUCUCACGAUUCCUAGACCUGAUGGGGAAGCACUUGAAGGUUGAGCCUUUUGAUGGCCCGCUACAUGAUGCAUUCAAGGUCCAUGACAAGGAAUCCACCGGUCACGUCUCUGUCACUACGCUUCGUCACAUUCUCACUAACAUCGGUGAAAAACUUGAACCUUCUGAGUUUGACGAGUGGAUCAAGGAGGCCAAUGUUGUUUCUGAUGGUAAGAUCAACUACGGAGAAUUCAUCGCCAAAAUGAUCCGCAAGUGAAAUAAGUUUGUCAAUUCAAAUUCCUUUGUUUCUUUUUUAAUUUAAAUAAAGUUUUUAUUGUCAAUUUUUCAUGUAUUUUUUUUCU